AUGACAAACCUCAAGUUUUUCUGCUCUCCCUUUUCCCCCUCUUCCUUCCAGAUACGUCACGACGGAUCAAACAGCUAUCGUUUGAUGCAGCUUGGCUGUCUGGAGUCCGUAGCCAAUUCCACUGUCGCCUAUUCCUCCUCCUCUCCUUUAACUUACUCCACCACCGGCACAGAGUUUGCAUCCCCUUACUUCUCCACUAACCACCAGUACACUCCGCUCCACCACCAAUCUUUCCAUUACGAGUUUCAGCACAGCCACCCGGCCGUCACCCCUGAUGCCUACUCUCUGAACUCGCUCCACCACUCGCAACAGUACUACCAGCAGAUCCACCACGGGGAGCCCACCGACUUUAUUAACCUGCACAAUGCGCGGGCGCUCAAGUCGUCCUGCUUGGACGAGCAGAGGCGGGAGCUGGGCUGUCUCGAUGCCUACCGCCGCCACGACCUGUCCCUCAUGAGCCAUGGCUCUCAGUAUGGAAUGCACCCAGAUCAAAGACUCCUGCCAGGGCCCAGCCUGGGGCUGGCCGCCGCGGGAGCAGAGGACUUGCAGGGCUCUGUGGAAGCUCAAUGUGGGCUUGUUCUCAAUGGUCAAGGUGGAGUGAUAAGGAGAGGUGGCACCUGUGUGGUCAACCCCACAGAUUUGUUUUGCUCUGUCCCUGGACGUUUGUCCCUUCUCAGUUCAACUUCCAAAUACAAGGUGACCAUAGCUGAGGUGAAGAGGCGUCUCUCACCACCUGAAUGUCUCAAUGCUUCACUCUUGGGAGGCAUUUUGAGAAGAGCAAAAUCCAAGAAUGGGGGUCGUUGCCUGCGAGAGAAACUGGAUAGACUUGGACUGAACUUGCCAGCAGGAAGACGGAAGGCUGCCAAUGUUACCCUCCUCACUUCAUUAGUUGAAGGGGAGGCUUUACACUUGGCUCGGGAUUUUGGCUACACUUGUGAAACAGAGUUUCCAGCCAAAGCAGUAGGAGAACAUCUUGCCAGGCAACACAUGGAACAGAAAGAACAGACAGCAAGAAAAAAGAUGAUCCUAGCGACCAAACAGAUUUGUAAAGAAUUCCAAGACCUCUUAAGCCAAGAUAGAUCACCCCUGGGAUCAUCCAGACCUACUCCAAUUCUAGACCUUGAUAUUCAGAGACAUUUAACACAUUUCAGUUUGAUCACUCAUGGCUUUGGGACUCCAGCAAUAUGUGCGGCUCUAAGCACUUUCCAAACAGUCCUCAGUGAGAUGCUGAACUACUUGGAAAAGCAUACUACGCAUAAAAAUGGUGGAGCGGCAGAUUCUGGCCAAGGACAUGCCAACUCGGAGAAAGCCCCCCUGCGGAAAACUUCAGAGGCUGCUGUGAAAGAGAGCAAAACAGAAAAGACAGACUAGCUACAUCAAACAGAAUCUAUUUCCAGAGAGUCUUGCUGCUGAUAUUUUUUUUCUAAUAUAUAUAUAUAUCAUUGAGGGUGAUUAAUCUUCACUGGAUCAAAAUUUUACCCUCUCCCAGCUCUCCAUAAUAAAUAAAUAAAUAAAUAAAAAAGGAAAGAAAACAAGAAACAAAAAAGGACAGAAAAAAAAAGGAAAACAGAAACAGCAGUGUAACAGCGUGAUGAAAUUACUGCUUUUCAGUUUUUAUGUUAUGAUAAACUCCUUUUGUGCACGUGAUUUAUUGUUCUGAAUUAUAAUAUACAUCACAGUUUUUAAAGCACUUCUGGACUUUGGAGAGGCAACACAUGCUUUUUCACAUCUAACUGAUGCACUUUCUUAUCCACCUAUGUAGUUAUGGAUCAGAAAGCAUGACCAAACUGGAAUCCAUCAACAGUGCUUAUAGUACCAGUAUUUCUUGGUUUAAUGGCCUGUAAAAAAAAAUAGAUAGAUAAAUAAAUAAGAGAGAGAUAAAAAGAAAGAACGAACAAAAGAAAAAUAAUACCCCCUCCUUAAACAGACCAAUUUGGCAAUCAAUUCAUUAAUAAAUGCUCUUGGGAACCAAAAAGUUCAGUCAUGAAUCUUUGCCCUGUGAAUUGAAAGCAGUUAUACAAUAUUGUUCACCUUAGCCCACUUAACUACCUGUGCCUUGGUAGUAUUUCAGAAAUUCAGAAAGCUCUGCACUUCUAUGUAUAAUUAUUCCCAGCCCACCCUAAAUCUGUUUGUUAUUCCUAAAAUGAAGAAGAGAAAAUGCUACUGAAGAGAUAAAAGAUAAAAUUCUUUUGUCCAUUCUCUCCAUACUCCCAACCUAACAGUUGGAGGAAACAGACUGCACUCUUUAGGUCCGGUAUAAUAUGAAUAGGAAAAGGUAACUUUUCCACUUUGGAUGCUCCCUGGUGGAAAGCAGUGGUACUGUCUUAUGUGGAAAAGCAUGAUUAUAGAACAGUGAUCUUUCCAGGAUACCCUGCAUCUCAAAGACAGAAGACCCCAAGGAAUUAAUGGGUGGCCAAUCAUAGUAUAGUUCAAAUGAGAGCCAUUUUUUCCCCUUCUUUUGUGCUUCUACCUACUCAGCAGCUGUGUUCUAAACUUAUAGAGGCAUUAAGUUCUUUAUUCAAUAAAGAAACAAAAACAAAAUAUCAGAGAAAAUUUUUGCUUUUAAAAUACUUCAUUUUUUUUUCUUAUCUUCACUGUCAUUUAGUUAAAACAUUGAAAACUAAAACAUUCCUGGCUGCAAAGGUCAAGGCUAAUUGAAAUGAAAGUUUGGUCCAUUUAAACUGAAUGUGUCAAGAAACUUAAUUGGUACCACUCUGUUAUGACCCGUAUACUGUUAAAAAUUGUCAAGCUUCAAAGUAAAUAAAGAUGUAGGUUAUUGUCAAUGAAAUCAUAUUAAUAAUCUGUGGACUUCUAACACUGUUAGCAUGAAAAUACUCUCCUCUCAUUAACAUAUUU